AUGCAGAGUGUAAUUAAUACGGUGAAGGGAACUGCUUUGGGCGUCGCUGGAUAUUUAACGCCGGUGUUGAAGGAAUCAAAAUUUCACGAAACUGGUGUCCUUACGCCCGAAGAGUUUGUUGCGGCCGGCGACCAUUUGGUUCAUCACUGCCCUACAUGGCAGUGGGCGCGUGGCGAGGAGUCUAAACUACGUCCCUAUCUCCCACCCGAAAAGCAGUUUCUCAUCACUCGCAAUGUGCCUUGUUACAGGCGGUGUAAACAGAUUGAGUACUGUGAAGAUAAAGAGAAGAUUAUAGAAGAUGAACAAGAUGAAGAUGGAGGCUGGGUGGAUACACACCAUUAUGAUUCCACUGGAGCUCCCACCAUAGAAGAAAAGGUUUGUGAAAUGACCCUAGAAGCGGCGGAUGCAGGCGACAGCGAGGGCGAUGGAGCCGCAGACGACGAAGACGACGAGGACGAUGAAGACGGUGAGGCUGAGGAUAUGGAGCAGUUCCAGGAGUCGGGUCUCCUGGACGAAGUUGACCCGUCGACAGACCUGACGACCCGCAAGGACCCGAAGCCAAAAGCAGAACGUAAGCCGCGACAAGCCGACGGCGACGACAUCGUGCGGACUCGAACUUACGACUUGCACAUCACAUACGAUAAAUACUACCAAACACCACGCCUAUGGCUCAUCGGUUAUGACGAGGAAAGGCGGCUCCUGACCGUUGAACAGAUGUAUGAGGACGUGUCGCAGGACCACGCCAAGAAGACUGUGACCAUGGAGGUGCAUCCACACCUGUCUGGUCCCAGCAUGGCCUCUGUCCACCCCUGCCGGCACGCAGAGGUCAUGAAGAAGAUAAUCGAAACGGUGACGGAGAGCGGCGGCGCCAUGGGCGUGCACUCGUACCUCAUCGUGUUCCUCAAGUUCGUGCAGAGCGUCAUCCCCACCAUAGAGUACGACUUCACCCAGAACUUCACCAUGAACUAG